AUGGUAAUCGGAUUUAAGAAGGGUAAAUUGCAAUUAAAAAAAAAGGACUUACUAUAAUGGCAUACUAUUUAAGAAAUAUAACUUACUUCUUAGAUUAGGGACAUCCAUUUAAACUUAGAAGAGAAUCAAAUCGUUGUUGAAGUUUAGCCAAAAAUCAUAAUAAUUGAAAAGAAAAAUUAAAGAAACGAGGAAACUUGGGUUGUAGUUUAGGAAAUUAACAUUGAUGAAUCAUUUCGUAAUGUAAUUUUUGUAAAUGAUAAAACAUUUGCAGUUAAAUUAUGUAAUAUUAGAAAAUGGAUGCUAUUUCAAUAAAAGAAUUAAUGCUAAUUUGCACAUAAAAGAAAUAUUAUUAUAUAUGGAGCAAACGAAGAUUUAUUAUACAUUUUAGAAAAGUAUCAUGAAGGAUAGAUAAGAAAUCCUGAUAAAAGCAAUUGCUUUUUGAAUUUAGAAUUUUAGAUAGAUGGAACUUAUUUAUCAUUAAAAGAUAAAUAGCAAUAUAUUCAGUAAUUCUAUCCUUCUGGUCUAUAAAAUGAUAAUUAUAUAUAAGGAGAAUACUUUUUUGGCUAAGAUUUUAGAGAAAAUUAAAUUAUUGUUGGAAAAUAUAAAUAACUUUUUAUAGAGUAUAAAAUAGUCAAAUCAAUCACAUUUCCUUAAAAUGAACAUUAUUAAAUUAUGACCAUUAAAAGUGAUAAUUAAAUCUUAGUGUUAGGAUUUAACAAUUAAAUUAAAGUUUUCAAAUUAGAGGAUUCAACAGUAACUCUAAUAUAAGUUUUAAAUCAUCACACAGAUAAUGUAGAUAGCUUAUUAUUUCAAAAGACUGAAAAUUCAUUUAUAUCUGGUUCCUCAGAUAAAUCCAUAAAAAUUUGGAGCUGGGAUUAGGUGGGCAAAAUAUAUUAAUGUUAAUAGAUCCUUUAGAGUUUAGUUAAACCGUAUUUUAUAAUUUUAAAUAUCCAAGAAAAUCUACUGGUUUCAGGUGGUCAGAACUUAAUUUAAUUAUGGGAAUUAAAAAAAUACUAUUGGUAGUUAAAAUAGAGUUUUUAUUUUGA